AUGGAGCGUGGUUGGAGGGUUUUGGAGGCGUGGUCUCCUGAAUUGAGGUGCUGGUCAGAUGCGUGCAACAAAGGAGAGAAGAGCUGGAGAAUAUUGGGGUUGGGGCCACCUUGGGGUGACUCUGGUGGUGGUUCAGUUACACAGGGUGUGGUAGCUUGCUGGAUUGGGUAUGGGCUGUUCGUGGAGAAAAACUUUCCUGGCACAGGCUGGAUGAAGUUUACAAUGUUGGUGCCAAAUAGGUUUUUGAAGAAAUUGAAGAAGGGAUUGCUAUGUCGUCAUGCCUUGAAAGUGUUAGAUUCCAAAAAUAUCACAAGUAUACCAAGUCAAUACAUAUUGAAGAGAUGGACUAAAGGGGCCAAGAAAGGAAUUGUGGUGAAUAGUGACUUAUGCGAAUCUUAUAAUAAGAAGGUGAGAUCUGCCCAAUCAUUGCGCUUGAGUGAGUUGAUGCAUGAAGCAAAUAAUGUUGUUAGUGUAGCAUCAUUAUUUGAUUCAAGAACAAGGCUUGUCAAACAAAAGUUAGCAGAGGUUAUGAUGUUACUUGAAAGUGAUAUGGAAAUUAUUAGACCAAAGGAAAAUUUGAAUAGCGUUGGUGACCAAACUCUUCAUGAUGUGCUCAUUGCUAAGCCACCGGUUUUGAAUCCCCCCACUAUAAGGGCAAAAGGCAUAACAAAUGCUAGGAUAAAAAGUCAAUUGGAGAAGAAAAGAAGAAAAGAAAAAAAGAAAGACGCAAGAGUUGGAAAUUCCUGUCGAACUUCAAGGCCUACCACCAUGGCUGCUAGCCAAUCUGAGCAAGAAACCAACAAUGUUAUGCCUCAUUCAACUCAUUAUAAUCCAUCAUUUCAUCACUUUGGUGAUAUUCCAAGCCAUACUUUUGGACAUCCGAAUUUUCAAUUUACAACCAUGCUUCAAGGAAGUGAUCAAAUGCCUUACUUGAGUCAGGAUUCAUCUACAACUUUGAAUGCAAAUUUCACAUUUGGACAAUCAACUAAUUUAAAUCAGAAUGUGUAUUUCAAUAGUUUGAACCAAUUGCGUCGAUGGAAAGUUUUUCUCCUGUUGGUGAGUGUUGGCUGGCUGCACAACUCUCUGUCUCUGUCUUUGCUCUCUCUUGUCUGCUCCACUGAGAUCUUCGUCGCCGCCUACCACACAUCCACCGGAAAGGCCCUGGCUUUCACAUUGGCUUUCGCUUCUUCUCACUUGGACUCACCGACCCAGCACGCCAACUCGCCCAAUAGCUCGCCGGGGUUGCAGAGGUCGCUCACUUCUGUAGCUGCCAGCAGGAUGAAGAAGGCAUUGGGUCUCAAAUCGCCGGGUUCGGGCUCCAAGAAGAGUCUUGGGUCCAGUGGGUCUGGGUCGGGACCUGGAAAGCCCAAGCGGGUUAUGACGGUGGGUGAGCUGAUGAGGAUCCAAAUGGGGAUUUCUGACGCUAUGGACUCUAGAGUCAGGAGAGCUCUGCUUGGGAUUUCUGCUGCUCAGUCACAUAUUCGUGUGCUUGAAACCACACAACAGAAUAUAGCCGCAUUGCUAAUGGGUCUUGAAUAUCUAAUAAACAUCUCAUAUAUGGAUGACACUGAAGUUUUUAAGAAUUCCUUGGUUUUGGAACUGUUUGAGUUGCAUCAUAAUUUGGAUAACCCUGCAGCAGCUGCAAAUAUGAUGGGGCUGCCGGAUGGGGAAACAUUGGACAAUGAGUUGGAGGUUGUUGAGGGAAUGAAGCUAGACAGGGGUUACAUAUCCCCUUAUUUCAUCACCAACCAGAACAAUCAGAAAUGUGUAAGUUUUAGUUUGACUCAGCGAUAA